CCUUAACCCCAGCAAAUGUGGAGGACCCACUGUAUAUGGUUUUUAUGUAGAAGGUUCUACAAUCAGUCCUUCACAUCUCUAGUUUGUGAUCAGAAACAAUACCACCAGAAUAUCCUCGCUUUAAACCCCCGCAAACAAACUCAUGCAUCUUUGAAUUCAACUGCAGCAAAAAAACAUGAAAAAAAGCACUGGAAAAGGAAUGCGGAUAAAAGCUGCUCAAACUGUGAGAGGCUGGAAAAUAAUUUUGAUGACAUCAAGCACACGACUCUUGGUGAGCGAGGAGCCCUUCGAGAAGCAAUGAGGUGCUUAAAGUGUGCAGAUGCCCCCUGUCAGAAGAGCUGCCCAACUAAUCUAGACAUCAAGUCAUUUAUCACAAGCAUUGCAAACAAGAACUACUAUGGAGCUGCCAAAAUGAUCUUUUCUGACAACCCACUUGGGCUGACAUGUGGGAUGGUAUGCCCAACUUCAGAUCUCUGUGUGGGCGGAUGCAAUUUAUAUGCCAGUGAGGAGGGACCAAUUAAUAUUGGUGGACUGCAACAAUUUGCCACAGAGGUAUACAGGGCAAUGAACAUACCACAGAUUAGAAAUCCUUCUUUGCCAGAAGAGAUGCCUGAAGCCUACCAUGCCAAGAUAGCCCUUCUUGGAGCAGGACCUGCAAGUAUAAGCUGUGCUACCUUUCUGGCCCGGCUGGGCUACUCAAAUAUCACCAUUUUUGAAAAGGAAAACUAUGUGGGCGGCUUAAGUACAUCUGAAAUCCCCCAGUUCCGGCUCCCAUAUGAUGUAGUACAUUUCGAAAUUCAGCUUAUGAAAGACCUCGGAGUGAAGAUAAUUUGCGGCAGAAGCCUUUCAGUAGAAGGAUUGACACUCAGUGCCUUGAAGGAAGAUGAUUACAAAGUGAUCUUUAUUGGAAUUGGUCUUCCAGAACCAAAGAGAGAAUCUGUUUUUCAAGGUCUGGGAAUAGAUGAAGGAUUUUACACAUCUAAAGACUUCUUGCCCCUGGUGGCUAUGGCAAGAAACCCGGGAAUGUGUGCUUGUCGGUCUCCAUUGCCAUCAAUACAAGGAACGGUGAUUGUUCUUGGGGCAGGUGACACCGCUUUUGACUGUGCAACAUCAGCUUUGCGCUGUGGAGCUCGCCGUGUUUUUGUGGUCUUCCGAAAAGGAUUUACUAAUAUACGGGCUGUCCCUGAAGAGAUGGACCUUGCAAAGGAAGAAAAGUGUGAAUUCCUGCCUUUCCUUUCUCCUCGGAAGGUUGUAGUGAAAGGAGGGAAAAUUGUUGCCAUGGAAUUUGUUCGGACUGAGCAAGAUGAAGAUGGAAACUGGAAGGAAGACCACGAUCAGGUUGUCCGUUUGAAAACAAAUGUGGUUAUCAGUGCCUUCGGUUCAAUCCUGAGUGACCCUAAAGUAAAAGAAGCUCUGUCUCCUCUCAAGUUUAAUAAAUGGGGUCUUCCUGAAGUUGAUCAAGAGACCAUGCAAACAAGUGAGCCAUGGAUUUUUGCAGGAGGUGAUGUCAGUGGACUGGCCAACACAACAGUAGAAUCAGUCAAUGAUGGAAAGCAUGCUUCUUGGUACAUGCACAAAUAUAUACAGUCUUUAUAUGGCGUUGCAGUUCCCGAUGUACCCCAGCUGCCUCUUUUCUAUACUCCCAUCGACUUAGUAGACAUCAGUAUAGAAAUGGCUGGACUCAAGUUCCCAAAUCCGUUUGGCCUGGCCAGUGCUACUCCAACAACAAGUUCACCAAUGAUCCGCAGAGCUUUUGAAACUGGAUGGGGAUUUGCAUUGACCAAAACAUUUUCUCUGGACAAGGACAUUGUAACAAACGUUUCUCCAAGAAUAGUACGCGGAACUACCUCGGGUUCCAUUUAUGGUCCAGGCCAAGGUUCUUUCCUAAACAUCGAACUUAUCAGUGAGAAAACAGCAGCCUACUGGUGUAAAAGCAUCACAGAACUGAAGGCAGACUUCCCGGACAAUAUUGUCAUCGCCAGCAUCAUGUGCAGCUAUAAUAAAGACGAUUGGACUGAACUUUCAAAAAUGGCCGAGGCUUCUGGAGCGGAUGCCCUGGAGUUAAAUUUAUCUUGUCCGCAUGGCAUGGGAGAGAGAGGCAUGGGCCUGGCCUGUGGGCAGGAUCCAGAGCUGGUGCGCAACAUCUGUCGCUGGGUGAGGCAAGCUGUUCAGAUUCCAUUCUUUGCCAAGCUGACCCCAAAUGUCACAAACAUUGUGAACAUUGCAAGGGCUUCCCAAGAAGGUGGUGCAGAUGGUGUUACAGCCACCAACACUGUGUCAGGGCUGAUGGGACUGAGAGCAGAUGGCACACCGUGGCCUGCUGUUGGACAGGGGAACAAGACCACAUAUGGUGGAGUAUCAGGAAAUGCCAUCAGACCCAUAGCCCUUCGAGCAGUUUCUGCAAUUUCUGGUGCUCUUCCAGGCUUCCCUAUACUCGCUACAGGAGGCAUUGACUCAGCUGAAAGUGGCUUGCAGUUUCUUCAUAGUGGUGCUUCUGUUUUACAGGUGAGCAGUGCAAUUCAGAAUCAAGACUUUACUGUGAUUGAAGACUACUGCACUGGGCUGAGGGCUUUGCUUUAUCUGCAGAGCAUAGAGGAACUUCAAGACUGGGAUGGACAGAGUCCACCAACUAUAAGACAUCAGAAAGGAAAACCUGUGCCCACAAUUGCUGGCUUAGUGGGAAAGAAACUUCCCAGUUUUGGCCCCUACCUUGAACACCGCAAGAAGAUAAUAGCUGAGAAUAAGUUGAAACUGAAGGAAGAGAGCAGGCCAUUUCCCCAGAUGGAGAUAAAAUCCUUUGUUCCAAAGAAGCCCAUCCCAAGAGUGAAGGAUAUAAUUGGAAAAGCACUGCGGUAUAUUGGAACAUAUGGAGAACUCAGUAAUACGGAACAAGUUGUGGCUCUGAUUGAUGAGGAAAUGUGUAUCAACUGUGGCAAAUGCUACAUGACCUGUAAUGAUUCUGGCUACCAGGCUAUACAAUUUGAUCCAGAAACCCACCUGCCCACCGUUACCGACAGUUGUACCGGCUGCACUCUGUGUCUCAGUGUCUGCCCUAUUAUUGACUGCAUCCGAAUGGUUUCCAGGACAACACCUUAUGAACCAAAGAGAGGACUGCCCUUAGCUGUGAACCCAGUGUGCUGAGGUGAUCAGACCAGCAGUUAAAGUGAACCUUACAUUUGCUUGACUCUAUUGAUUUGGUUUCUAAUUAGUACCAGCAACUCCAACUAUGUUAACAGGAGGGAGAAAAGAACUUAAUGAUGGCAACCAUUAUAAGGUUGGCUGUAUCUUCCAAUCUUUUUAAAAAGUCUUUAGAUAAGCAGGAGUUGUUUUAUUGAGUGCUACCUGUCCUUGUCUUUUCUGAGAAGCUAUAUUUCUCUUUUUUUUUCUUUUGCAGAUCUUGAUAUGUUCUGAUUAUUUUAAUGAUUCUCUCUCGCACACACCCCACAACACACACGUAAAAUUAGAGGAGUUUAUUUCUAACCAGCGAAAACCUUGACAUGCAGACAAACUUUGUUGCCAGGGAAACACUUAGUAAUUACACAUUUCAUUUCCCCUUAAAACUGUUUUGUAUAAGAUGUAAUUAACUACAUAACAUACAAACAAUACAAUGUGGAUUGUGUAUGUGUGUGUUUUUUUUAAUUCCAGAAAGAUAUAAAAAGAGGUUUAAAUGUGUAUCUCUGAACUAUUCAUCAGUUUCAAUGGCUACAGCAUAUGGCAAUCUAUUACCUUAAUUCUCCCUAAAUUCUCCCUCUGACUAGGCACUAAAAACUGAAUUUGUAAAUACACUGCACUCUUUGCCAUUUGAUGUUUUUCAGCUGGUAGCAUGAUUUCUUUGUUUUUGUUAAUGAACCUUGAGAGCCACAUUCUUUCAAACACAAGCAUUAGUUCAGGAAUCUGAUUUAUGCAAAUCUCUGCUGCAUUAAUGUGUUGUUUGGAAGAUUAUUUUAUUUUUGAGGUCUGAGCAGACAGGUUUUUACUUUUACAUAGGUUCUCUUCAAUGCACACAGUGCCAAGCAAACUUAAAUUACCAUCCUGUGCAAAACAAAGAAGUUCAACAUUUCCUAUCUCCACAGAACUCUAACAUCUAUUGCCAUAAAGGUGCUCACCUCAUGCCCACAAUCGCUAUGCAUGGUAGUAGGAAUGUGUGAGGAAUCAGUACAAUUCACUUUUUAUGUGAACUUCCCCCAGUCUCCUCCUGCUCAGGAAUGACAUGAACCAGAAGCCAUGCAUGUUCUGGUAGGCUCAUGUUGCUGAAGGGCUCUGGAUGCAUCCAAUACAAUGGGCACAUAAAAAAUGUGGAUCGAAAAAUGCAGAUAUUUCAGAUGUGCAGCUUACAAAUAGCACAAAUACGCCUUAAAGGAGAAAUGUGUGCAUGCAAGCAAGCAAGAUGUAUGACACUCAAAGAUUUGACUAUUAAAAUAAAACCACAGGGAGAGGGGUUCAGUAGAUGUGGAGAUGGGGAAAUGUGGAAGUCCAUGGAUUCAGACUUGAUAGAUGUGUACAAUCCUAUAUGGAGCAAGAACCCACAGGCUUCUGCUGAGUUGUCCUCUUCUUCCCACAGAGCAUACAGUCUUUGUGCCAAAUGUACCAGCCACUCUUAAUGAGAUGAACCCCUUCCCACUUUUCCCUCUGAAGCUCACUCCUUUCCAGGGACCCAGCACACAUCUUAUCUCUAAAAAGAUAAUGAACAUGCUGUGCACUGGGACCUAGAUAGGAACAGGCAACCUGAUGAAUGUAAAACAUACAGGAGUCCUUCACAUUAUGGGGAAUGAGGAAGUGUGUUACUCAUAUCCAAUAGUAGCAUACUCAGAUGGAAUCCACAGCAGGAGGGCAGGUCUUAGUAAUAGCAUGUGGAAAUUAAUUCCACACAUAUGGAUGCUUGGGAGUGAAAAGGUUCAGGACACAGUUAGCAAAAGUAAUCAUUAUGAGUUAUAUCCUAUGCUGGUCAUCUGCCAGUAAAAUGGAAAGCUCUGGCAGAAUAGAGUCUACCUUCCCUUGUGUAUUCCAAAUCUGCUCUGAAUGUUAGGGAGAUCUUUCACAGCAGAUGGGAGAUGAGAAAGAAACAAGGAGAUGUCCCAUUGUCCAAGUGCAAGUAAAUAGUUUUAGUUUCACUUAUAUACUGAUCUCACAGUACUAUAGCAAUAUCUCUCUAUAUAAUAAAUAUAAUGGUAAUAAAUAUAAUAAAAUAUGCAGUCUUUUUGAAAUACUGUAAUUAACAAGAGAUGUAUCAGUGCCUAACAGAGACUAAAUAAUGUUUUAAUUAUGUGAAAAAUUAUUUUAGCUACCUAUUUUCCUGCAAACACACACACAACCAAUUAAGAUAUUAAAGUCUGAAGUAAAUAUUGUCAACAUACUAUUGCCGUAUGUUGGAAAAGGUGUGUUCUAUUUUUGAAUAUUUAUAACUCAAAAAUAGCACACAUGCCUUUGAAACUUACAGCAAUAUUGUGCUAACAGCUGUUUGGUUUUGUUCUCAGAUUUUUAAAUAGGUAGUGUGUUUGCUACAAUAGAAGAGAAGCAUGGGUUUCCCCCUAUUCUGGAACAGCAUGUUAGCAUCAUCUUAUUUCUCAGUUGGGAAUUUUUGUGUACUGAUACUUUGCUAGCUUCUUUGUAAUGGAAAAACUACCAAAAAGGAGUAAAUGUUUAAAAUAAUCAACAACAUUGAUUAUUUAAAAUUAAUUCAUUUCUUUACUCUCUGCCAUCAACUGAAGACACUGAAUUUUGAUUAUUCAUAUUAAAUAAUGUUUGUGUUCAAAUUUCUGUACUUUUAUAUAGUCAUAAAUAAAUCAGAAUUAAGGAG